AUGGCACCUCGUCCUAAUGAAUGGACGCAGAUGCAACAGUUUCUGGAAGAUUUCAAGGAAAAUUUUCAAGACAACAUGAGACGAACAAUGGCUGAAGCAAUUCAAGCCGGAGUCCAGGCUGGGGUUCAAGCUGCCUUCGCCGCCAACGGCGCUUGCGCUAACGCAGGACCCGCAGCACCACAACAACGCCAUCGACAACACCAUAACCCUGUUUUUGACGAGGCUAAUGGCGAGUCCGACGAUGAAAAUUCGUUCGGGGAUGACAUCAACAAUCGACAAGAGCAUCUUGGUCGGGAUCAACAACCACAAUGCAACAAUGACACACGCUGGACUGCGGGUAUUAAAGUCGAAAUCCCAGAAUUUCAUGGGGGGUCACAACCUGAAGACCUUCUUGACUGGAUCGUUACGGUCGAUGAAUUCUUGGAGUUCAAAGAAGUACCGGGCAAUAGACAAGUCUCUUUGAUUGCAACACGAUUCCGUGGGCAUGCCACCUCUUGGUGGAACCAACUCAAACUUUCUCGUACCAGACGGGGGAAAGAAAAAAUAACCUCUUGGGACAAGCUUAAGAAACAUAUGCAGAAAACCUUUAUUCCGUAUAAUUUUGAACGACUGUUGUUUCAAAAGUUUCAUAACAUACGACAAGGGACGCGUUCUGUUGAAGACUAUGCCAAUGAGUUCUAUCAAAUACUCACACGAGUUGAUAUUCAGGACUCAGAGGAUCAGCUCGUCGCUCGUUUUGUUGCCGGUUUACGACCGCAGCUUCAAAAUAUGCUUCACCAGUUCGACCCGGGAUCUGUUGCGGAAGCUCGCCAGAGAGCUCUAUUGGUAGAACAGCAAGCUCGCAUCAGCACCGGUCAAUGGACGGGGAACACACGACCUCGUACAAUCACAACCACCACAGACGACACUAAAUCUUCAACGGGACGUGAUACUACAGGAACUCGAGUGGAUACUCGACCAACGGAAACCGCUCCUGCAGCAAUAGAACCUCGACCUUCCCGUCCUAAUGCUCUCCGUUGUUUUACCUGUGGGGAACGCGGGCACAUACAAACGGCUUGCCCUAACAAGGGUCGCCGGGGACUAAUUGCCAAUGAUCGUGAAAUAAUUGGUGAACCUAUUUACGAUGAGGACGAAGAGAAUUGCGAUGAAGCCGAGGAAGAACAAGUUCAUGGUGAUACGGGUACGUUUCUCAUGCUUUGCCGCAAUUAUCUUGCUCCAAAAACGACCGAGGCUUGGCAGCGCACGUCAUUAUUCACCUCGACUUGCACCGUCAAAGGCAAGAUUUGUCGCUUCGUGGUUGAUUCGGGUUGUUCAGCGAAUGUAGUUUCGGAAGAAGCAGUUCGCAAACUCGCACUUACACCAGAGGCACAUCCACAUCCUUACCGAUUAUUAUGGAUGCAAACCGGCGCAGAGGUCUUUGUGUCUCAACGAACAAUGGUAUCCCUCUCUAUCGGGUCUUUCUACAAAGACAAUCUUUAUUGUGAUAUCGCGCCAAUGGAUGUCUCACAUAUCAUAUUAGGACGGCCAUGGCAAUAA